ACAACUGCUGCUCCAACGACCACUACAACUCCAGAACCUAUUACGACAACCACUGCAGCUCCUGCUACAACAACUACAACUUCAGCUCCUACGACAACCACAACAACAGCACCUCCAACAACUGUCACCUCAUCAACAACUCCCACAACAACUGCAGCUCCUACAACAGCUUUAGCAUCUACGACAACCACUGCAGCCUUAACUACAACAACUGCUGCUCCUACGACCACUGCAACUCCACAACCUACUACAACAACUACAACUUCAGCUCCUACGACAACCACAACAACAGCACCUACUACAACACCUGUAGUUCCUACAACCACUCCACCUGCUGUACUUACUACAACAAUCACAACUACAGCUCCUGAUACAACAACUUUAACUUCUACGUCAACCACAGCAGCUGCCUCUGCGACAACCACUGCAGCUCUAACUACAACAACUGCUGCUCCAACGACCACUACAACUCCAGAACCUAUUACGACAACCACUGCAGCUCCUGCUACAACAACU